AUUUGAUUUUGUUUACAUCAAUUCACGUGGAAUAUUUUGAAAAAGAUGUCCGGGUUUGUAAAACGCCGUCGAGGUUUAAACAUAAAAGGUUCUCGUUUGUCGCUGCACAGCGGUCAGCCGGUGGUUUCGUCGGGAAAUCCUUCACUUGAUCAUGUUUUUGGUGGCGGAUUCCCAAUUGGUUCGAUUAUAGGCAUUGAGGAAGACAAAUAUGGAAACUAUUCGAAAAUAUUGGCGAAAUACUUUCUAGCCGAGGGAAUCGUCAAUAAUCAUGCACUAGUACUAGGGACAUUGGAGGAAGACCCUUCACAGCUGUUACAAAAGUUGCCAAAAGCGGUAGAAGAAAAACCAAAUGCAACCAAGAGCUCCACACAAACCCCGGAAGAUAUGCGUAUUGCGUUUCGAUACAAUCAGUUAGCGCCUGUAGAUUCGGAGCAGAAAUCCUCCACUACGUUGGGGCAUUAUUUUGAUCUAACGAAAGCAAUGGGCUCAACUGUACUCGAGUCACAAGACAUUACUCAAUGGCAUGGAGCUAACAGUGAGAAAGAGGAGUUAAAUUUCACAGGUUUCAGGAACCCUCAUUACGCAUCUCUGUUAACUUGCAUCCAUCAGAAAGCUAGUGAACAACUGUUCAAUUCUAGCACAGAUGAAGGGUCGAAAAAUCUGCUAAGAAUUUGCCUAAACUCCAUAGGAUCUCCUGUGUGGUACGACGAAACCUUUUCACAAGAUCUGCUACGCUUUCUUGGAAUACUUAAGGCUAUCGUACGCAACACGCUGUCAGUUUGUCUAAUUUCUAUGCCGUAUCACCUUUUCCACCAUCUGGAUGAUAGCUCUCUGUGCAAGAAAGUUACGAACCUUUUUGAUUAUUCCUUCGGGCUAGAAGCUUUCAGUGGAAAAAAUGAGGAGCAAGCUAAUCCUGUGUUCAAAGAAUAUCACGGGCUGCUCACUAUCUCAAAAAUGUCUCCUUUUAAUACACUGGCUACAUUCACACCGGAAACACGUGAUUUGGCAUUCAAACUGAAACGAAGCAAAUUUGUCAUUGAGAAGCUGCAUCUGCCUCCGGAUAUUGCGGACGAUGAUGGCCGAACACCGAAAUCAGUGCCUACGAUGAGUUGUUCCGCUGGUGGAGGGAACAAUAAAUUAGAUUUUUAAUCAAGCACCACUGCUAUGAGAAUAAAGUAUUCGUAAAUGAAAAAUAUUUUAUUUUCGAUUCUUAAAA